AUGGCACGGAUUCCGUUUUCCCUCACCUACCCUGACUUCCAUCCCUUGCCUCUCUUGCCUCCAUCGCUCAACCCCCUCUUUGCUGCGGCCAACCCCCUCCAGGUGACGCGCUCAACGCUACGCCACGUGGAGCUCGGCUCCCAUCACGUCCUCGCCUUCAAGAGGCCAUUUCGUUUGCCCGUGAAGCGGGGGAUCUACAAGAUUGACUGCACGGCGCACGCACACGCGCACGACACUUUAUCACCACUAGGGCGACCGUUACCGACUCUCACACUCCCCAUCCAUCCCUCCCCACAUCCCUCCCAUCAACAGUCGCCAUUCAAGUUCAUCACGACGUCGCCUCUCAGUGACAUUGUCCCGACUCAGCCAUGCCACAACCAACACCCUGAUGUGCUGUCCCCUUCCGUCGUCGCAACUGGCACCCACAUUGCCGCCCCUUCAAAAACCAACACCCAAAACUACCUCACCAUCCCACCACGCGCCAUUCCCGCCUCGCACUCCAACCUCUCCGUGCGGUCCUCCUCCUUCUGCAUGAGUCCUGCACUCUCACACAUAUUAUUAUCUGCAAUAUCAUGUGCAUUUCAUGAAUUCAAGGCAGCACCAGGGCAGCACAAACAUACGGCCAAUGUGAUAUAG